AUGGCUGUCCUCAAAGUCAAAUUCACCAAAACCAAGAGGGACAAAUUGGCUCAGAUCUUAUGGAUCCUCAACUGGGUUUCUGUAGUGAGUGGGAUCAUUCUCUUCAGUCUUGGCCUCUUUCUGAAAAUAGAGAUCAAGAAGCGCAAUGAAGUGAUGGCAAAAGGGGACAUUAACUCUGUCCCCAACAUGCUGAUCUCUGUAGGGGUCAUAGCAUGUAUCAUCAACUUUCUGGGUGGCAAAAUCUGCUAUGACUGCUCAGAUGCAAACAAGUUCUCUCGCUGGAAACUAGUAAUGCUGCCAUACAUCGUAUGUACCUUCUGUUUUACCUUCUGCAUCCUGGUGGGUGCUCUCAUGUGCUACACCAUGAGGAACGAGCUGGAAGAGUCUCUCUAUCUGGGACUGAGGGAUGCCAUUAAGUUCUAUAAAGACACAGACAUACCUGGGCGAUGUUUCUUAAAGAAAACUGUGGAUUUGUUACAAAUUGGAUUCCGUUGCUGUGGAAACAAUGGCUUUAGAGACUGGUUUGAAAUUCAGUGGGUAUCUCCUCGGUAUCUGAAUAUGGCUUCCAAGGAGGUUCUGGACCGCCUGAAGAGCAACGUUGACGGGAAGUUCUUGGUGGAUGGAGUCCCCUUCAGCUGCUGCAAUCCCAGCUCACCACGGCCCUGCAUCCAGUACCAGCUGACAAACAACAGUGCUCACUACAACUACGAUUUCCUCACAGAGGAGCUCAAUAUCUGGAUGAAGGGGUGCAGACAGGCCCUGCUGGAUUACUACACUGGUAUUAUGAGAUCCAUUGGCAUUGCAGCAUUGCUUAUUUGGUUGUUUGAGCUCUCUGUACUCAUUGGUGUCCGGUACCUGCAGACAGCCAUGAAGAAUGUCCUUCUGCUAGGGGAUCUGGAGGGCGAAUCAGAUGGUUGGUUACUAGAAAACAGUUUUGUGGAAACUGCCAAAUACAACAUCAGCAUCAUUAAGAAUCUCGGCAAAGCCAACCAGAUCUCCACUGUCUCAGGCAUGAACGACCCCAACAUUAAUGUUCAAAACACAGACUGUGACAAAACUAAUAUUACAACAAAAUCUAUCCCUGCAGCUAGGUAG